GUUUACUUAUCGUUUUCUGACGAGAUCACUUGGGCUGACCCCAACAUCGCCGAUCUAAAGAACAGAGACGGUGGUUUCGGUUUCGAUUUGGUCGUAAUAUGGUGGUUCCGAUGCUUGGUGGGUUUCCGAUCUUCUUGGUGGUGAGAGUUCUGGGUUUCAUCAUUGCGGUUUUGGUUCUGACAUGGACUGUUCACUACAGAGGAGGAUUGGCUCUUUCCUCCGGUAACAAAGAUCUCAUCUUCAAUGUUCAUCCAGUUUUGAUGGUGAUUGGGCUCAUACUCUUCAAUGGUGAAGCUAUGUUAGCAUACAAGUCAGUUCAAGGUACAAAGAACUUGAAGAAACUGGUUCAUCUUACACUGCAAUUCGCAGCUUUUAUACUAAGUUUAGUCGGAGUAUGGGCUGCUCUUAAGUUCCAUAUCGACAAAGGGAUUGAAAAUUUCUACAGUCUGCAUUCAUGGCUCGGCUUAGCUUGUCUCUUUCUCUUCGCCUUCCAGUGGGCUUCAGGGUUUGUGACUUACUGGUACCCGGGUGGUUCAAGAAACAGCCGAGCCAGCUUAAUGCCUUGGCACGUGUUCUUAGGGGUUGCCAUCUAUGCAUUGGCUUUGGUGACUGUAACCACAGGGAUACUGGAGAAGCUGACGUUCCUGCAAGUGAACCAGGUGAUAACUCGGUAUUCAACAGAGGCCAUGUUAGUUAACACGAUGGGUGUUCUGAUUCUUGUUCUUGGCGGUUUCGUGGUCCUCGGUGUGGUUACUCCACUCAACGCCAAAGACCAAGUCCUUACUCAAUAGAGAACAAAUACUUUUCUUACAAUCGUAAUUCUUCUUUCAACAUUUGGACCUUUUUGAAACAUCUGCCAUAAAAUCUUCUUACACAUAUUUUAAUCAGAGACCUUAUUAAGAACCAA